CUUGUGACUUCGCCGGAAUGUGUUUGAUUUGAUUUCUUCACUCGAUCGCCAAGUCCUUAUGUAUUUGUCCAGAGGAACAAGAGACUAAUCCAACACUUCGUGAUUCUGUGAAGGAAAAAGAGAGAGGAGAGGGAGGGAAAGUGAUGGAUUCGCCAACGUCGGGAGGCGAAGGCGAUUCAACAACUCGAAUCGCGGCUCAAUCUUCGGUGGUGGACUCGUUCAAGGGAUGUGGAUUCACGGGGAUCAAAAUCGACAAGGAUGAGUUGCGGAAGCAGCUCCGGAUGCCGCAAUACCUUCGUUAUGCUAUGCGAGAUUCCAUUCGGCUUCAGGACCCUGGCGCCGGAGAGACCUGGUUGCCUGGUGCUAGAUCUAUCUCCGGAUCCUCCGUUGUUCCAGAGAUUAACGAUGGUCCGCCUGAUUCGCCGAUGGUUGUGUUCAUUAAUCCCCGAAGUGGUGGUCGCCAUGGUCCCUUGCUUAAGGAGAGGCUCCAGAUGCUAAUUAGCGAAGAACAGGUUUUUGACCUAACAGAUGUGAAGCCCCAUGAAUUUGUCCGGUAUGGAUUGAGAUGCCUCGAGUUAUUGGCUGGGCUUGGUGAUGCUUGUGCUAAAGAGAUCCGUGAGAAGAUGAGGGUCAUGGUUGCUGGAGGUGAUGGCACUGUUGGUUGGGUUCUUGGUUGUCUUUUAGACCUCGAGAAAAGCGGGCGGCUGCCCGUUCCACCAGUAGGAAUAAUUCCUCUUGGUACUGGCAAUGACUUAUCUAGAACCUUUGGCUGGGGUGGUUCUUUUCCUUUUGCUUGGAAGUCAGCCAUCAAAAGAUCCCUCGACAGGGCAACCACUGGUCAGAUUCGUAGAUUGGAUAGUUGGCAUGUUACUCUAGCAACCCCAUCUACUAAAAUCGUGAAAUUACCACAUUGCAUGAAACCUACGGAAGUCCAUGCUCUUGAUGAGAGCUUGGAAAUUGAGGAGUCAUUGCCAGAGAAAGCCUACUUCCACGAAGGAGUAUUUUAUAAUUACUUCAGCAUAGGAAUGGAUGCUCAAGUUGCUUAUGGCUUCCACCAACUACGGGAUGAAAAACCUUACCUCGCACAAGGUCCAAUUUCUAACAAGCUGAUUUAUUCUGGCUAUAGUUGUAGUCAGGGCUGGUUCUUCACGCCUUGCAUUAGUGAUCCGAGUUUAAGGGGCCUUAAACACAUCCUAAGGAUGCAUGUCAAAAAGGUCAAUUGUUCCGAUUGGGAGGAGGUUUUAAUCCCCUCGAGUGUAAGAUCUCUGGUUGCGUUGAAUCUCAACAACUAUGGUAGUGGGAGACAUCCAUGGGGAAAUCUUACGCCAGAGUACAUGGAAAGGAGAGGAUUUGUUGAGGCACAUGUUGAUGAUGGGCUUCUAGAAGUGUUUGGUCUAAAGCAAGGAUGGCAUGCAUCACUUGUUAUGGGAGAGGUCAUCUCAGCUAAACACAUAGUUCAGGCCGCAGCAAUUCGGUUUGAACUUCGAGGUGGAGAAUGGAAACACGCAUUUCUGCAGAUGGAUGGAGAGCCAUGGAAGCAACCCAUGAGCAGAGAAUGUUUGACUUAUGUCGAAAUCAAAAGGGUACCUUCCCAAUCACUUAUGAUCAAUGGAGAAUAAUUUCACCUCCAUUCUUCAUCCCCUACUGCUCAUUCAUUCCUUUUAGGAUUAACCAUUAAUGUAAAGCCAUCUGUCCGUCCGUCCGUCCACCGUCAUCUUCUCCGACUGUAAAUUUUAAUAUUAUUCUUUUUUCUCUCUAAAAUUUCUUAUAGAGCGAAUGUUAUACUUAAAAAUACUUUUUCUUAAAAGUAAGUUUAAAUUCAUUAUAAAUGUCAUAUACGUAUCGUUCUUAGUUUUCA